AUUGCAAGAUGAAAGUCUGGAGAGAUGCAGGACUUACCUAUAUCCAGUAUUCCAACAUUGCGGCCCGCGUGGUGCGUGAGGCCCUCCGUUCGGAGCUUCGUGCCGAGGCCGCCAAGCGAAACAUAAGCCAUGUCCAGUUUACUCCCUGGAAGAACGGAAAGCCAGUGCCGCGAAAGAAGGAGGAACCCCAAUCAUAAAUGCUUAUGUGG